AUGGCGCAGUACAAGGGCACCAUGCGGGAGGCCGGCCGGGCCAUGCACCUGAUCAAGAAGCGCGAGAAGCAGAAGGAGCAGAUGGAGGUGCUGAAGCAGCGCAUCGCGGAGGAGACCAUCAUGAAGUCCAAGGUGGACAAGAAGUUCUCGGCUCACUACGACGCCGUGGAGGCCGAGCUCAAGUCCAGCACGGUGGGCCUGGUGACCCUGAACGACAUGAAGGCCAAGCAGGAGGCCCUGCUGAAGGAGCGGGAGAUGCAACUGGCCAAGAGGGAGCAGCUGGAGGAGCGGCGGCUGCAGCUGGAGAUGCUCCGCGAGAAGGAGCGCAGGCGCGAGCGCAAGCGCAAGAUCUCCAACCUGUCCUUCACGCUGGACGACGGCGAGGUCGAGGAUGGCGACGGCGGUGACCACAACCACGACCAGGACAGCGCGGCUGUGACCAGCAAGGGCAAGAAGAACCUGGGCAAGAAUCCCGACGUGGACACAAGCUUCCUGCCUGACCGUGACCGGGAGGAGGAGGAGAACCAGCUGCGGGAGGAGCUGCGCAAGGAGUGGGAGGCCAAGCGCGAGAAGGUGAAGAGUGAGGAAAUGGAUAUCACCUUCAGCUACUGGGAUGGCUCGGGCCACCGGCGCACCGUGCGCAUGUGCAAAGGCAGCACGGUGCAGCAGUUCCUGAAGAAGGCAUUGCAGGGGCUGCGCAAGGACUUCCGUGAGCUGCGGGCCGCUGGCGUGGAACAGCUCAUGUACAUAAAGGAGGACCUCAUCCUGCCCCAUUACCACACCUUCUACCACUUCAUCAUCACCAAGGCCCGGGGCAAGAGCGGCCCGCUCUUCAACUUCGAUGUGCACGAUGACGUGCGGCUGCUCAGCGAUGCCACCAUGGAGAAGGAUGAGUCCCACGCGGGAAAGGUGGUGCUGCGCAGCUGGUACGAGAAGAACAAGCACAUCUUUCCCGCCAGCCGCUGGGAGCCCUACGACCCCGAGAAGAAGUGGGACAAGUACACCAUUCGGUGA